AUGUCGGGAUCACUCCUGCUCCCUCCUUUCCUUUGCCAGGCGCUGGUCAUCCCCGGGGAGGUCAGCGGCCGGGCGGAGGAGAAGCUUUCCCUCCGCUGCUGGUGACCCCCGGAGGGCUACAACAGGUACUGGUGCCGGGGGGCCAGCUGGGACUCCUGCCGCAAGCUGGUGGAGACGGCGGGCAGGGAAGUGCCCCAGCAGCACGGCCAGGUCUCCAUCCAGGACAACCACGUCUUCUGCGUGGUCCUGCUCACCGUGAAGAACCUCUCUGAGGCGGAUGCUGGGAGUUACUGGUGUGGGGUCGAGAAGAUGGGCAGGGACCUGAUGGAGACGGUGACAGUGAAGGUGAUGCCAGCCCAGCGGCUGAAGGUUCAGUUUCUGGACCAGGAAAAGGGGCAGAUCUGA